UCCACACCUCAGCCUUCUGGUACUCACAAGUCUCCGAUUUCUGGGAAUACUGGAUGGAAAUGUCUGGUGCAGUCAAACCUGUGACAUCUUUCUUCAUCAAGGACAUCCUGUCUAAUAAGGACUGCAAGAGACUGGGUGGUAAAUGCAGCUCGCCGAUGGAAAAAUGUUCAGAUUGGAGAGAGGAAUCUGAGAAGUCGUCAGCACACCUCUAUCUUCAGGAGUCUACCACUGGAAUGCAGACAGAAUCUUCCGACACAUCCCGUCCCAGUUCCUCUGAGUCAAGUUUCUCCUCUGCGGGAAAACAGAAGCGAUCCAGAGUGGCCUUCACGCACCUCCAAGUGCUUGAACUGGAAAAAAAAUUCAGCCACCAGAAAUACCUGUCAGCUCCAGAGAGGGCCCACUUGGCCAGCACCUUAAGACUGACUGAGACCCAGGUGAAGAUCUGGUUUCAGAACAGGCGUUAUAAAACGAAGCGAAAACAGCAGACUGCAGAGCUCUGUAAGGAUGUAUACAAAGCAGAGGGACUGGACUUGCGAGAGGAUUUGAUCAGUGCAUCACUAAUCACCUCCUUCUGCAAAUCCUACCAGUACAGACCCUACCUGUGGGACUACAGUGGAGCCUGGGGGCCAAUAUUAUGGUAGAAAAAAGUCAUGACAUAUUAUAAUUAGCCAGUGCGAAGGGACACCUGGACUCGAAGUUUCUUGUCUUUCAGCUGACACAUUUUGAAUUGAGUGGAUGCUUCUCUAUUCAUAUAAUAAUUUUGUCCAAACAAUCAAACUUUGUGCUGUUUGGACAUGCCUUGUGAUUGCACGGUAACCUGAACAAAACUGUUUGGUAUUGUUGAUUAUUUCAAUAAUAAAUUAUUUUUGAUGAAGCUCA